CACCGCCGCCGCUGGCCCUGCAGCUACUGGGCUCGCGCAGCCAGGCACAGGGUCCUUUCACCAAGGAAGCCUCAUUAAGUAAAGCCGAAUGAAGCAGGGCUGCUGUGGUGGACGGUGGCAACCACAGGAGGAUAAUCUCUUGCUUUGCCUCCCCCCUGGUGUCGGGCGCAUCCCUGCCACUCACUUGCUGCUGGGUCUGAGGCUCUCUGCCCUCUCCAGAAUUCACAGGAACACUGCUUGGAAGCUGCCUGAAUUGACUAGCCCAUUCCAAGACUUAGGAGAAAGUCAGCGCACUUCCGAAAUUGAAUCGCGCACAGUCACUUCCAGAAUAAACGGGAAACUUAGGACAUUUCUGGAGAAUUUGUACUUGCCACCUACUUCCAUCAGACCCUGAAGGCAGUGAAGCCUCACUCUCUGUCCAGUUCCUGUUUGCCUAGGACGCCUGCAGUCCACCACUUAUGCACUCCAGCACCCCCAUCAGCUCUCUCUUCUCCUUCACCAGCCCAGCAGUGAAGAGACUGCUAGGCUGGAAGCAAGGAGAUGAAGAAGAAAAGUGGGCCGAGAAGGCAGUGGACUCUUUAGUAAAGAAAUUAAAGAAGAAGAAAGGCGCCAUGGAUGAGCUGGAGAGGGCCCUCAGCUGUCCGGGGCAGCCCAGCAAAUGUGUCACAAUUCCCCGCUCGCUGGAUGGGCGCCUGCAGGUGUCCCACCGCAAAGGCUUGCCCCAUGUUAUUUAUUGCCGCGUGUGGCGUUGGCCAGAUCUCCAGUCUCACCACGAGCUGAAGCCACUUGAGUGCUGUGAAUUCCCGUUCGGUUCCAAGCAGAAAGAGGUGUGCAUCAACCCCUAUCAUUACCGCCGGGUUGAGACUCCAGUGCUGCCUCCUGUACUCGUGCCAAGACACAGCGAAUAUAACCCCCAGCUCAGCCUCCUAGCCAAGUUCCGCAGCGCCUCCCUCCACAGCGAGCCGCUCAUGCCUCAUAAUGCCACCUACCCGGACUCCUUCCAGCAGCUUCCCUGCUCUGCAUUCCCUCCCUCGCCUGGGCCAUUCUCGCAGUCCCCGUGCCUGCCCAGCUACCCUCAAUCCCGGGGGAGCCCUGAGCCCGACAUUCGCUAUCAGCACUCAGUUGACACACCACCCCCGCCUUAUCAUGCCACAGAAGCCGCAGGGACCCAGAAUGGCCGACCUCUAGAUGCCACAGCUGAUAGUCAUUUAGUGCUGUCAAUGCCUAAUGGAGACUUCCGGCCAGUGUGCUACGAGGAGCCACAGCACUGGUGCUCAGUGGCCUACUAUGAACUGAACAACCGAGUUGGGGAGACGUUCCAGGCUUCCUCGAGAAGUGUGCUCAUAGAUGGAUUCACAGACCCUUCAAAUAACAGGAACAGAUUCUGUCUUGGGCUUCUUUCUAAUGUAAACAGAAACUCAACAAUAGAAAACACCAGGAGACACAUAGGAAAGGGUGUGCAUUUGUACUACGUUGGAGGAGAGGUCUAUGCCGAGUGUGUGAGUGAUAGCAGCAUCUUUGUGCAGAGCCGAAACUGCAACUACCAGCAUGGCUUCCACCCAGCCACGGUCUGCAAGAUCCCCAGUGGCUGCAGCCUCAAGAUCUUCAACAACCAGCUCUUCGCCCAGCUGCUCGCUCAAUCAGUUCAUCAUGGAUUUGAAGUGGUUUAUGAGUUAACUAAGAUGUGCACUAUUCGGAUGAGUUUUGUUAAGGGGUGGGGAGCCGAGUAUCAUCGCCAGGAUGUCACGAGCACGCCCUGCUGGAUUGAGAUUCAUCUUCAUGGACCCCUGCAAUGGUUGGACAAAGUUCUGACCCAGAUGGGCUCUCCGCAUAAUCCAAUUUCUUCAGUGUCUUAACAGUCUUGUUCUAAUCUAAAUUUCUAUAGAAUAGAUGCUGUUGCAGGCAGUGGCUUAUAUGAUUUUGGAGUUGCAACUGAAGUUUUUCAGAAUAUGGAUAAAUACAUAUAAUAGAUAUAAUUCCUAUUUUUUAAUUACCAUUUGAUUUGUGCUUCCUAGUUAACCUGAGGCCAGUACAAUGCUGUUAGAAAAGCAGAAUUUUGCUGCCUGUGCUAUAAUAAGAAGCAGCCUUUUUAGUGGAGGAAGCAAAUGUAAGUCAAAAACUGUCAAUAGUAUUUGAAGGAUGUCAGCGGAAUAGAAGGCAGCUUGUCAGACAUGUCAUUAUAAGGCAAAUGUAUGGCCCAUUAUUAAAAAUAUUAAAGCUCUUUAUGUGAAAAAUCAGGUACUAGCAGCACUAAAACAAAUACAGAUAAAACAAAGCAAUCAAAACCAUAUAAUUAAAAAUGAUUUCACUUAUUAGUGCCAUUGGUAAGAAAAAAAGGAAAAAAAGGAAAAAGAAAAAAAGGAAAAAAAAUAAGCUUGUACAAUCAAUUAUAUAAGAUAAGCCACAUAAACUUUAUUUCUGAAGUUAAAAUAGCUAUAGCUGAACUAUUUUGCUGAUAUAUUAAUGGUACAUUUUAAACGAACAAACUGUGAUCGGAAAAUAAAGAAACUGUGAAAUGAGGUCGGGUUGCCUCAGAAACUGCCACUGUAAAGAAUAACAAGUCUACUAUGGGAAGAUAGGCGUAAAAGUGGCAUGAAUUUAGUUGUAUUGCAAGAUAAGAUCAGAAUUUGCCGAAGAAUCACCCAGGGAGGUUCCUGCUAUCCACCUAGGAAAUCAAUUCCUGCUUACUUGUGACAGUCUGUCCUAAAGACUCGGUGUCCACAGUGUGAGCUCUAAGACCAUGUGUGUAGAGAUAAAGCAGGUAAAAUAAGAGGAUUGGACAAACGCAUUACAUGUUUACUUAUACCUUCUCACAUUCCCACAUUAAAAGUCUCCAGGUGAUAACAUUCUCCUGUUGGCAAAUGUUAACUAUUUACACCUUAUUAAAACAAUGGAGAAGUCUUUGAGAAAAUCUAGGUACACUGAUGGGCUCAAAUGACUUCCCAAGUAAAAUGAUAAUAAUUUCAUAAUCCCUAUAACAUCUAGGGAAGAGUGGAACCAAGUAA